UAGGCCGUUAGCUGAGAAAGGUGUGUGACACAUGAGAGGUCGGACAGACGUGGUGAAGUGCCGUUAGUCGCUCGAAAGGAAAUGGGAGCUUUAUGUUUCUAUAAUCGAUGUUUUCAGCCCUUGCUCAGGAUUAGAAGCCUACAAUGUUAACUGCUAAACUGAAAAUUUUGAAUUUAUUACUUAUUCCAACGCUGUUCGUCGGGACGAUGCAGGAAAAUGAAAUGGGCAAUCGAUUUAUAGUACGUUACGGAAUGAACCAGACGACCGGAUUCGACCCGAUUUGUCGAUUUGGAUCUUGUAAGGACGCGAGGGUCCAAUUGAACAAAAACUUGUCCUUCCUCUACUCGGAGUGGUCCCAGUGGUCCGCAUGUCACAAGGAAAACGGAAAGCCGGCCAUGUCCCGCGAGAGGAAAUGCCAGAUGAAAGACAUCUGCAAAAACACCACUUUUAAAGAAGAGAAAAGCUGCAGCCGACGCAAGAAGGAUGUGGAGGAAUGGAAGCAAGUUUACGUCAGCCACAACUUGGAAAAUCAGUUUUAUGUUGUGCUGAACAAUUCGAGCAAGUACUUUAAAAAGUUGGGUGUGAACCUGCUUCCGAAGAGGUCCGUCUCGAGGAAAAGGGUCUAUAGCAAAUGGAGCCGUUGGACGAUCUGCUCUAAAUCCUGCCAGACCCAAAGAUACCGGUGGUGCAAAAAGAUGGAGGUGUGCGGAAACGAAGUCAUAAGACAGACGGCUUAUUGCUACAUGGAAGGGACGGAAUGCGAAGGAUGGAUUCAAAGCGCGAUACCGUUUCAGGACUGGAAUUCAGAUUCUAAUUUAUUGGAGAACGGUGGUAGCGUGAAUUCUCCAACAGGGCCUCCUAUUAAUAACGAAUUGCCAGCCGGCGGUAGAGGUAUACAAGUAGCUUUGGAAGCUAAUAACGACCAGAUGUCUACUUGCGGAAUCCCCGUCACAAACGUUACAACCCCGCACUCCUCUUAUCUCACGAAUAUGCUGAAAAUUAUGGGCGGAAAGCCGAGCCAAAACGGAAAGUGGCCAUGGAUCGUCGCUGUCCUCGAUCGUCACAAACAUGCAGUCUGUGGUGGGACGUUAGUAUCGCCAAAGUGGGUUCUCACCGCAGCCCAUUGCGUUAAGAAACGUUUGUACGUCACCAUAGGCGAAUACGAUCUUGGCAAGCACGAAGGGAAAGAGCUGAGAUUAAGGGUGAGGAAAUCUAGAAUCCACCCUGGUUAUGACAAAGAAUCGUUGGACAACGAUGUGGCCCUGCUCAUGCUGCCUUCUUAUAAGACGAUGCAGUCCAACACGAAAAUCGCCUGCCUGCCCAAGGCGAAACAACGCCUUCCGACAAAAAAGCUCUGCACUAUUCUCGGCUGGGGUAAACGGACCAGUAAAGAUGAGGACGAAGGAAGUGACAUUUUACACGAAGCACAAGUGCCAAUCGCAUCUAGUCUUACGUGUAAGGUGAUGUACGAGAAAAACAAAGUCCUGAUAACACACAACAUGUUCUGCGCCGGAUACCACAAAGGAAGCACGGACGCCUGUUCUGGAGAUUCUGGCGGCCCACUCCUUUGUAAAGAUUCUGCAGGGAGAUGGACCAUCUUCGGCAUAACCAGUUUUGGUGAUGGUUGCGGUAAAAAGGGAAAGUACGGUGUCUAUUCAAAAGUAGCCAACUACGUCAAAUGGAUCGAAAGCAUCAUCAAUGAAUAAUGUGUAAACAGAUAUUUAUACGUGUAAAUUGUUUAU